CCCCCCCCCCCGGAAUCCAACAAAUGGCUGAGACUGUUCCCCCCGAAUCACCGGACCCUCAUCACCCCCUUCCCAGUUCUAUUCGGAACCCAGAGACCCCCGAGAGCGGCUGGGACCGGAUCCGGGAGCUUUUCCAGCCCAAUGAGCAGGGGCAGUACCCGGAGGAGGUGGGGUCGGUGCUGAAGAGCGGGCUGACGGGGGCGCUGCUGGGCUGGGUGUAUGGGGGAGUCCCGGCGGCGCGGCACAGUAAGGAGCGCUACAUCCAGCAGAGCCAGGCCGAGAUCUACCAGCACAGAGUGGAGGCCGUGCGAUCGGCUCACAAUGCCGCCCUCCGGGGGUUCAUUCGCUACGGGUGGCGCUGGGGAUGGAGAGUGGCAGCUUUUGUCACCAUCUUUAACUCCGUUAGUACCGGCCUCUCAGUGUAUCGGGACAGGGUUGCACUGGGUCACUACGCGGCAGCUGGGGCUGUCACUGGGGGGCUGUUCCGGCUGAACCUGGGACUCGGUGGCCUAUUGAGUGGGUCGCUUAUUGGAGCAGCCCUGGGUGUCCCGGCCGGCGCCAUGAUCUCUGGGCUGCAGUCUCUUUCCGGGGAGAGUAUCCGCGACAAGAAACGGCGAGAGCGCCAGGAACUGUACGAGAGUAAACUGCAGGAAUGGAGCGCCCGGCUGCAGGUCACAGAGGGGGUUCUACAGGAGAUGGAAGCCGCGCAGCUGGAGCCGGUGGAGCAGCAAGUGGAGAGGAUUCAGGACCUUCUCCAGCAGCCCAGAAACCCAGCAGUGAGCCCCAGCGAGGGGAGGUGAUACCCCAAGAAUGGGAUCCGGCAGCCCGGGAACCUGGCACCCAGGUCUGGGGGGAGGGGGUGAUGCCCCAGGGAAAGGCACCGCUC